AUGGCGGCUUCCGCGAGGCAGGGGGAGAGGGCGACCAGCUUCGCCAUGGCCUGCAGCCUGCUCAGCCGCUACGUCCGCCAGAACGGCGCCGCCGCCGCCGAGCUCGGCCUCGGAAUCAACAAGGGUGAGGCCGAGGCUCACAGGGCGGCGGACACGAAGAGCACUUUGCCCGGGGCGGAGGGCGAGGAGGCCGGCAGGAAGAAGGAGACCAUGGAGCUCUUCCCGCAGAGCGCCGGCCUGCAGGACGCCGCCGCCCCUGAUGCUACCAGGGAGGAAGACAAGAGCCAGCUGACCAUCUUCUAUGGUGGGAAGGUGCUCGUGUUCAACGAUUUCCCAGCCGACAAGGCAAAGGGCCUGAUGCAGUUGGCUGGCAAGGGCAGCCCUGUUGUUCAGAACGUCUCUGCGACCACAACUGCUGCAGACACCGCCAAGGUCCAGACGGCCGUGCUGGCCCCGGCAAGUAGUUUGCCUAGUGAUCCGGUUAAUGCUCACAAGUCUGCUCGUCCGAAUGCUUCUGAUCUGCCAAUUGCUAGAAAGGCGUCACUUCACCGAUUCCUUGAGAAGAGAAAGGAUCGUCUGCAUGCAAAGGCACCAUAUCAAGCUUCUCCUUCUGAUGCAACACCAGUCAAGAAGGAGUUUGAGAACCAGCCAUGGCUUGGACUGGGGCCGAAUGCCGCCCUGAAGCCAAACCAAUAA